AUGGUUCUCCUCAGGAAUGCCGUGAAAGUAGCAGCUUGCGUCUCAGGUUGUGCAGUUGCUGCCAAAGUUUGGGAUGAUGGCACCUUACGAAAGGUCCAUGCAUUCACCACAGAACGAAAGUCAUUUGACGAGCAUUUUCCACGAGGGAAAUGCUACGUUUUACUGUUCGGCAAUUUACUUACUGAAAUACUCUUCAGCCGAUCUCCGUCGUUUCUCCUCAAUAAAAAGAAAUACGCAGAAGCAAAUGAAGCAGAGAAGAAGAAAAUGGACGAGGAGGUAAAAUCGAAAGCCACUAGGAACAUUUUUCUCAUUCGUCAUGGCCAAUAUUUCAUGGAUUCAGAAACGAAAAACCUUACUCCACUAGGAAAAGAACAAGCUGCAUACCUUGGAAAACGCUUGGCUGAAUCCGGAAUGAAAUUCGAUAGCCUCGUCAUGUCGACAAUGCCGAGAGCUACAGAAACUGCUGAGAUUAUACUGGAGCAUAUGCCAGACUUGAAGAGGACGUCUUGCUCCCUGAUUGAGGAAGGUCCACCAUAUCCACCAAUUCCCGCCGUAGAUCACUGGAAACCACCUCACUCCGAGUUCUUCGCCGAAGGGGCCAGGAUAGAGUCAGCGUUUCGGCGGCACAUUCACCGCGCUCCACCUUCGCAAAAAGAUGAUUCAUACGAAAUUAUUGUAUGUCACGCGAAUGUCAUUCGAUAUUUCGUUUGCCGAGCUCUACAAUUUCCACCUGAGGGAUGGCUACGAAUGUCCCUCGGAAAUUGCAGCAUCACAUGGUUAGUGAUCAGACCAUCAGGACGAGUUAGUCUGCGCAGCUUAGGAGAUAUUGGACAUAUUCCGCCUUCGAAAGUCUCUUUCACAUAA